UGAUUUCCCACAAGACGGUGUCUACAGCCGCUUUCACUGCGUGCUCGAUGGCAGAGCCGAGCUCGUCUUGCAAGAGCGAAACGGACACGCUGAAGUCCAUCCUCGCCGGGUUUAGUCAGAGACUCUUGUAGAGGGAUCCUCUUUGCAGGUGAUAAAAUGCUGUAAAAUUAGCAGCAGUCUCACUCCACAACAGAAAAAAAAAACAAAUGAACGUCUCGAUUUCCUGGAAAGGCACGAAAGCGUCACUGGUAGUAAAUAGGCGUUUCUGGUCGCGUAUUAUUGAUUGCACAAAAAAAAAUAAAAAAAAACUCAAACCCCGGUCUUGCAAGAGUGAUUGGCCUCCCUGUCGCAAGCAAGGGCGGGAUCACCACUGGAAAUUGCAUACUGGUAUAGCCAUGCUGGCUCCACACUGCGUGCUGCUUUACUAGCUAAUAACUCAUUGGGGAUCCUCAAUGGCUCCAGUUUCGCCUGCCUUUGUACCGAGCGUGCUCGGGGAGCUUUAUUGUAUUGCAAAGGUGUUGCUCGUCACUGUGUUUUUCUUUGCAUAUUAACAGAUAGGGCUGUGUGUGCUUUUUUUAUUUUAUUUUAAAAACUUAAUUGCAAUUAAAGUGAAGCAGAAGUCGACUCGAGAAACAGGGCUGCAGACAGGGAGACAGAUAGGUAAACACAACUUGGCUUUAAUUUUUAAGACACAAUACAGUACACUACAGGUCGAUUUUAAAACGGAAUCUGUAAGCUGAGGUGCAUACGAGUGAAUUUUUAAUUUGAAUUGCAUUUAUAUGUACAGCAGGCAAGGCGGCCUGUCGUGUGAUGUGAUGCGCCUCUGAACCAUUUAAAAGAAACCUAAUGUAUGACAAGAAUUCCCAAACGAGAUUUAAAAUUGUUGAUGCAGUUUUUAAAAUAAAAAUAAUAAUUAUAAGAUUUUAACUGUAAUGUGACCAGCGCAACUUCCUGUCUGGCUUUUGGGUAGCCUGGGGAUACCGCUAGUGACGUCACAGAGGGAAAGUCGUGACCAAGGGCCAGUCCUUUAAUAAAAUGCCUCUUGUUUUGGUCAGUUGCUCCUAUCAGGCAAACUAACAAAAAAACAUUAGUGUUCACCGCUUUCCGAGGGACACAAAAAUGCAGCGCAUGUGGGAGGCGAAAGUUCAGACGACCCGGGCGAAGUGGCCCGCGUCGAACUGGAGGCACGCCUACGUGUGCAGUGCGCACUUCACACCAGGUAGUUUGGAAGAAAGACCGCUGAUGGCGGCAGAGGUGGGCCUGGGUGUGAAAAGGAGGCGUAUUUUAAAACCAACCGCCGUGCCGACCAUUCUGAAACGAACACAAGCUGCUGGCACUGACGUGGACCCCCAAGCGAGACCAAGAAAGGCGUUUGAGAAACGGGUUGCGGACUCAGUUUUGUCGACUAAAAGAGAGGGAGGUGGUACUUCAGAGUGGCGCCAGGAUGAAGCAAUGGAAGUUCCUGUGCUGGAACCACCAGCAAGUCAUGUUUCAUCAGCAGAAUGCCAGACCGAGCCAGUUCAGAAAGAAAGAAAUACAAAAAAAAGUGUGCAAGUUCAGACAGCCCUGCCAGGAAUGAGAGAGGUGAGAACGGAUCAGCCUCGCUCACAGGGAGUUUCUGAGAUGGAAGCAGCUCAUGUCAGCCCAGAGCUUCCUAUUCGAUGGGUUGUUUCUGCAGACAGGACUGUUGAGAUCAAGGAGGAAGUGACUGAGCUGGGGUGCGACCAGGCCAAUGAGCGGAUCCUGCAGGAGGAAACGCCACCUUCUAGCGUCACUGAGAGAG